AUGCCUGCCACAGGCACCUCCACUGCCUUGCUGAUGGCGUACGAGAAAAAGCGAAAGCCGGUCUCCACGUCCCAAAGAUGGGUGGAUCUUGUGACAGCUGUCUCGACUGCAGCCAUUAUCCUGAGCUUCAUUUUCAUGGGUGUGGCUUUGGACACCAACCCUGAUUGGGUUGGCUGGCUCGUAGUGGAUACGAUUGUUGCACUGGUGUUUGUCGCAGAGGCACGGAGAAGAAUGGGUCGAAGUCUUAUUUUGGAAGUAGUGAUGUUUGAUGCAUUCAGAAGCGCUGCUAGAAGUUUGGUCUAA